UAAAACAGCCGGCUGGCUGCCAACCGGAGACGAGACGUCAGCCACAAGACUUCCACAGAUGCCAGAAGUAAGGAAAUCCCAGACCCCGUACCGGCCAAACUGACGCCAACAUUUCACUUCCUAAAGACAUUCUCCGAGUGCCAUCGCCCAGCCCGCCGAGAGGAGACAAUGAAGCACCUGAGACUGAUGGCUCUGAUCAUUGUUCUGUCCGUCACCGCCAGCGGUCAGAACGCGGCCCCCGUGGUCAGACCGAAAAAUUUCGAUUCCGUCAACGGGACGUCAGAGAACGGAUGGACGAUUGCAGUACAGAGCAAACACACCCUCAUCGCACCGACCAAUGAGAGGUCACCGCUGGUGACCACCAGGCAGAAGAGGAACCAGAUCGAGAAGAGGAAAUGCAACACGGCGACCUGCGUCACGCAACGUCUGGCCGACUUCCUGGUCCGAUCCAACAACCACCACGGCCCCCUCUACGGGCCCACCAACGUCGGCUCCUUCACCUACGGCAAGAGGGACGUCGUGGGCCUCUUACGGCGCGAGUCCUUCGACUAUCUACACCACUGACCGGCGCAAGCCGCUCCUAUGGACUGAGAACUCAUACCAAUGACUGCAAAC